UAACUCACGUCUUAGCUUACAAUGUCCUAUCAGCUUUGCAAGCUCACAUACGUCGCUCCUCGUCUGCCUUUCUUCACAACUUCUGUACAUCGUGAAUCUGCCUCCAGCGUUUUAGCAUGUCAAAACAAAUCCGUCUCGGCAUUCUCACACCUUCCUCAAAUACCGCGUUGGAACCUCUCACUUACCAGAUCGUUUCCUCCAUUUCAAAUGUUUCCGUUCACUUCUCCCGUUUCCCAGUCACGGCGAUCAAUCUCUCAGCCGAAGGUCUUGCCCAGUUCGACCACUCAGCCAUCACGCAAGCUGCUAAACUACUCGCCCAUGCCGAAGUUGAUAUGAUUGGCUGGAGCGGAACAGCAGCAGGAUGGAUGGGAUUUGAGGAUGACGAAAAACUCUGCAAAGCUAUCACUGAAGCUACGGGUAUCCCCGCCACUACCUCCGUAUUGGCUUUGAACAAGGCUUUGCAUAUUUUCAAGGUCAAGAAGCUUGGGCUAGUCACGCCUUACCUAGAUGACGUCCAGCAGAGGAUUGUGAAGAACUACAACGCCAUCGGAAUGGAUGUCACAUCGGAAACGGAACGUCACCUGCGCGUUGCGAAGAACACCGACGUUGCUCUGAUCGGAGAGGACGUAUUGGAGACUUUGGUAGGGCAGGUGGUAGAAGGGGGUGCAGAUGCUGUUUCGACGUUCUGCACAAAUCUGAUAGCAGCGCAUAAGGUUGAGUUUUGGGAGGCAAAGUAUGGGGUUCCAGUGCUUGAUACUGUCACUACGGUCACCUGGGAUAUGUUGAGGCAGUGUGGGGUAGAUACGAAAGCGAUCAAAGGGUGGGGAAGAAUAUUCCAGGAGUCAUGAUCGAAUCAAUAAACAUCAAAGUAGCUAGUUUGAUGCAUUGAAGGCGAUACGAACGACAAUUCUAUGAUACCGACUCAUUAAACCAUUGUCAUUGUUGUUAGACGAUAUCCCUGUUGUACAACGGCCAUGACACUGAAAAAGGGUCUGAACGUGAAGACCAACAAUCGAGUGUAGCAUGCUAGGCGCCCUUAAAUAUCGCAGGGAAACAUCGUAGGUGUUUGUGGAAGCCAAAUGAUUCACUCACUGUUUAACAGUUGAAGACACCUCGACUCUUUCUCCUCAUCUGCCGCGUGAAGCGCGAUAGCAUGGAACGAUAUUUCCCUCACGAUAUGAUAUGAGGCCUAGAGUGUGGCGAGGCAAACAUUGGUGGAUCAUAGUCACCCCUCCUUUCACCGAUAUGGGCGGAGGAAGAUACUUUGCCUAGGACAGCGUGCUGGAUGCGGAUUGUAUCGGUCAGCCUAGUUGGACGAUUGCAAAAAUCAGGGUUCUCGGUACCU